AGAGCACGCUCCAACCGUCCAGCGCGCGGGCAAGAGAGCGGCUCAACCCGACCAGGGCCAAAUGCCGCUGCUCCUCACCUCCUCCUCCCUGCCGGCGCUGCCGCCGCCGCUGGCCGCGUCGUCCAGGGCCCGCGUCAGGGUCGCGGCUUCCGCCGCCGCCUCUGCCCCGGAUGGGGCCGCUGCCAGCGGCACCAGCGCCGGCGGGUUCCCGUCGUUCCUCCCCCGAGCGGUGGAGCGCAUCCGCGACGGCGCCGCCAUCCGCUUGGCCAAGCGAAUCGAGCGGGUGCCCGUCCAGACCGGUUUCUCGGUUAGUCCGAUACAGAGCAGCUGUGUGAGGCCGCUCAAGCAGCAACAGGACGCUGAUCCAAUCGUGCUGCUGCAUGGCUUCGACAGUUCUUGUCUAGAGUGGAGAUACACGUACCCGCUGCUUGAGGAGGCUGGACACGAGGCUUGGGCUGUGGACAUCCUUGGUUGGGGCUUCUCUGAUUUAGCGACACGGCCACCAUGUGAUGUUGCGUCCAAGCGGGAGCAUCUUUACCAGUUCUGGAAAUCCUACAUCAAAAGGCCGAUGGUGUUAGUCGGGCCCAGCCUUGGUGCUGCUGUUGCCAUUGAUUUUUCAAUCAACUAUCCGGAAGCGGUCUCAAAAAUGAUCUUCAUUGGUGCAAGUGUAUACUCUGAGGGCCCAAAAGAUAUGACUAGGAUGCCUAAGUUUGUUUCAUAUGCUGGGGUGUUUAUACUGAAGAGUCUUCCACUGCGAUUUUUAGCAACACGCUUGGCAUUUAACAAUACUCCAAACGAAUUCUUUGAUUGGGUGCAAAUUGGCCGUCUACAUUGCCUACUUCCUUGGUGGGAGGAUUCUACAGUAGAUUUUAUGAUUAGAGGGGGUUAUAAUGUCAUAAAGCAAAUAAAACAGGUGAAGCAUAAAUGCCUGAUCAUGUGGGGAGAGGAUGACGGGAUAAUAAGCAGCAAACUAGCAUAUAGAUUGCAUCAGGAACUCCCAGAUGCAAUUCUGAGGCAGGUACGGCAGUGUGGCCAUAUUCCUCAUGUCGAAAAGCCAAGGGAAGCUGCAAAACUUGUUCUUGAAUUCCUUGAAAGAGAUAAAGCGGAAAACACAGAUCGGGCUUCUUCAGUAACACCAGUGCUUACGAAUAGCUGAACAGAUCUGCCUUCAGGCUAGGGCUGCGUAAAGUGAAAUGCACCCAUGGAUGAUGGACAUAACUGCUACGCUCAAUGCGGUUUCAGUAAUGGCUGCUCAACUUGUCGAAGUUUCGCCGUAUGGUCAUGGACUGGGUUGUGUGCGUCGGUGAAAAGUCCAGUGGAUGAGCUGGUACCAAAGCUUUCUCUGUGGAGCUGGAACAAGUGACACUAGAAGAUGCAGCGGAGAUGAAGAGCCAGGCGUCCAUGUUGGUUGGUCAGCUGCUCCGUCGUUUUAGGUUGUUGGUCAGCUAACACUAGCAAUAUAAUAGGGCAAUGCAAGAUAUUUUAACACGGGAAUAAAGCUAGCGACAGUAUUAUAUUGAUGUAACAUGUAGUGGAUUCGUGUUGAUGGAAGCUGUUUUCGUUCGUUUGCUGUACGUGUUCUAUGGGAAGACAGUAGACUAUCCUGUUUCGUGC